AAAACUUCCUUUUCUUUGUUAAUCCUCUUGAAAAGUACGUACCACACCGUUCUUGUUUCUUUGUUGAAAAUGGCACUGCCUAAUUUCAAUGCUCUCAGAGACUUGCAUAACUCUGCCAAUGAUCUUCUCCAUUCACCAGAGAUCCAACAAGUUCUUGUCAACCAGAAACAAGAAAAAUGGCUUCACGAAGUCUCGGAGUCAUCUCUAAGAAUGCUGGAUGUGUGUGGCAUUUCUAAGGAUGUUCUUUUGCUUGUCAAAGAACAUCUUCUAGACUUACAAUUCACAUUACGUAGAAAAAGAGUUAGCAAGCCAGAUAUUAGUACCAAAAUUGCAGCCUAUAAUUUCUACAGAAAGAAGCUAAAGAAAGAGACAAUGAAAUGCCUGAAAUCACUGAAGGGAAUGAAAGGCAAGUCUGUAACUUCAGAUAUCUCAAAUGUAGACCACAGCAUUAUCGUGGUUGUUGAAGUACUGAGAGAAGUGAGAGUCACUACCAUCACCAUUGUUGAAUCUUUGUUGUCUCUCAUCUCAAUUCCAUGGCUGGACCAAGGAUCAAGUAAAGGGUCUUUUAUAAGGUCAACGUUCUUGCGAUCAAGUGGACAGAGUUCGUACGAUUUUUGUGACGAAACAGCACUUCAUACUGCAGAUAAAAGACUGGAGGCAGUGGAGAUUGCCGUUGAAGAUCUUGAAGUUGAAUUAGAGUGCAUGUUCAGGCGUUUGAUCCAGACAAGGGUUCUGCUCCUUAACAUACUUACCAAUUAAGAAGGCAAAGCCUAUCCUUAACCUCUUGCAAACUAUUCAGCCUAUCUUUAACGUUAUUAAUCUGCAGACCAGUAUUCAAGGGAUUGCAGGUUGCUUUGCCGUGGGUGUAUUGGGUGACCACUAAUUACUUCUUGGAGGAAAUUAGAUCAUAUGUAACUUUUUAUUUAUUUUUUUAUUCUUUUCAAAUAAAAAUGUGUGAAUCUUCACACAAUUUAUUCUUUUAUUCCUUUCUUAAUCCUGAAGGGCAAACGAUAGGGCAUUUCGUUCCCAAGUACUUAAGCUGGAGCUUUGCCA